AUGGAUGAGAGCCCAUAUCACAGUAGAGAGGAUAGAAACGAGAGUAGAAUUUCCUUAGCAAGUGAUCUGGGAGAUGAGUUCGUCCCAAACACAGAGUUUGAAGAGCCCGAAGGUGAGGGGGUAGAUGAGGCAAACUUCUUUAGAAAUUUGACCGCUACCAUGUAUCGUAUAGCUAGAGCCCUUCCUAGAACGCCUGCUACCCCACCUGCUCAGGAUGUAGCUCCAGCAUUGUCCCAGCAGACAGCUCCAUCAGUUCAAAGAGGCGGAGAGUUUGAGAGAGGAGAGAGUUCUUCUGGUCAGACUGAUAGAGAUAUUCAGAGGAAGCAGACUGCAUCGACUAAAAAAAAUAUGAGUUUCAUUGAUACUGUGUUUCAAUGGACCCUCGAAGACGUCUUCAAUGAUGGUCUUUAUAAGGAUCAGCUUCUGGAAUAUCUUACAGUGGAGGUGAUUCCGGUUUCGUUUCAGUCCGUGGGGCAAUAUUUUAGGUCAUAUCAUUUUCCUUUGUUAGAAGAGACAAGGGCAGCUAUCCGUUCAUCAAUGGAAAUUAUUGAUAGAGCACCAUAUGCCGAAGUGACAUAUCUUAAUGAUGUGAAACCAAAUGGAGCAUUGUUGUUUAAUGUGGAGGUUGAUAGGAGAAACAGGUUCAGUGAUCACGAGAAGGAGCCGUAUAAAACGUUGUCUGGUGAUGUUUUGAUCAUAACUGAUGUGAAACCGGAAACUGCUUCUGAUUUACAAAGGAUAGGAAAGACAUGGAUUUUUUCCCUGGUCAUAGAUAUUCAAAAUGAUGACGAUGAGGGUGACGACGAAGAUAAUAGCUCAUCGUUGUCAUUCAAAGUGAAAACACUGGAAAACGUCGUUUCUAAAGAUUAUUUGCAGAAAUCACUAUAUGUUGUUCACUUGACAAAUGUAACCACAAACAGACGGAUAUGGAAUGCAUUGCACAUGAUGAGAAACACGACGAUUAUCAACGAAAUUUUGCACACUGAUUCUGUGGUAGCGGAAAGCUGCGGGUUCUGUUCCUCGGAGAUUGAUGGAAACUGGAAUGAGACUUUUCUGACAAGUUUGCUAUCUCAACUGAAUGAGUCACAAAAGAAUUCUAUCGUUGCUAGUCUCAACAAAAUGCAGUGCAACCACAAGUCUCAUGUGGAACUUAUUUCGGGGCCACCGGGAACUGGGAAAACUAAAACUGUUAGUGUGCUUCUGUUUGCACUGUUGAGAAUGAAGUAUAGGACACUCACUUGCGCCGCAACAGAUGUUGCAAUUACAGAAGUAGCUUCUCGUGUCUUAAAGCUGGUAAAAGAAGCUAACAAAACAUGCUCUGUGGCAGAUGACAGUUUUUGUUCCUUGGGAGACAUCCUCUUAUUUGACAGCAAGGAGAGAAUUAAAGUCGAUCAUGAGAUUCAGGAAAUAUUUCUGGAUUAUCGUGUAAAACAGCUUAAGGAGUGCUUUGGACCAUCAGGUUGGUGGCACUGUUUCACUUCAAUGAUUACUUUUCUUGAAGAUUGUGUCCCUCAGUACCAUAUUUUCUUAAAAAAUGAAUCGACCGAAGUGAGCGAACAUGGUAGAGAAGAUGAAAACCAGGAGAAAGAUUGUUGCAGUGAAACAGAUUGUAAGAAGGGGAUACACAAAUCAUUUAUUGAGUAUGCGAGGGAAAGAUUUGCUGCUACAGCAUUGUCUCUGAGAAGAUGUGUCUCAAUUUUACACACUCAUAUUCCCAAAAUCUACUUUGAGGAACAUAUUUUCGAAGACCUUGAAACACUUUUAGGCCUGCUCGAUUCUUUUGAAACUUUUCUUUCCGUUGAUGGUAUAACUUCUGAUGAAGUGGAGCUCAUUUUACACUCAAAAGAGGAUAAAUUGUUUCCUCAAAAACUAUGUGAUCCGUAUCACUCAUUGUGCUCUAUAAGAAGACAGUGUCUUUCUGUUUUGAAAGCCCUUCGAGAUACUCUUUGUGAACUUAAACUGCCAAGUGAAAUGAACAAAGCUUCCAUUGUACAAUUCUGCUUUCAAUCAGCUUCUUUACUCAUUUGCACUGCAUGCAGUUCUUAUAAACUCUAUAAAGUUGAAAUGAAACAACUCAAUGUGUUGGUAAUUGACGAAGCAGCGCAGUUGAAAGAAUGUGAAUCAGCCAUUCCCAUGCAAUUGCCGGGCAUAGCACAUUCAGUUCUUAUUGGUGAUGAAUGGCAAUUUCCUUCUACACUUCUAAGCAAUGUUUCUAGUGAAGCUGGCUUUGGAAGAAGUCUAUUUCAAAGGUUGACUACUUUGGGUCAUUCAAAGCACCUACUGAAUAUUCAGUACAGAAUGCAUCCAUCAAUUAGUUUCUUUCCAAAUUCAAGUUUCUAUAAUAACCAGAUCCUGGAUGCAAUUGAUGUUAAGCAUAUAAGAGUUACGAGAAACGUUAUCUUCCAUGGCCUAUGUUUGGUCCCUACUCCUUUUUAAAUGUCUCUGGAAAAGAAGAAAAGGAUGGUUUGGGGCAUAGCUACAGGAAUAUGGUUGAAGUAGCCGUCGUGAAGAUGUUGGUGCAAUCUCU